AUGGCUCCCGUCCCGGAAGCCUAUUUCCCGUCCCUGGACAAGUGCUUCUCCGGGGACGUCCAGCUUCUGUCCUGGAAGAGAGCCUUCCUUCACACAUGCAAAAUCGAUAGCAACGUCGAAGAUGUGGAAAGGCUCCAUGCCUUUCUAUCGCAUCCCGACAGCGUCCAAGUCCUCUCGAAUUGCCUCAACGGCUUUCCUUCUCCUUCCCCCAAAUCGAAAUCCGACUUUGAAUCUAAGACAGCCGCAAUUAAUGUCGAGACAAAUGCGCAAUCUUCGUAUGAUUUGAAGGAGAUCAAAGCGGAUGCUUUAUGGCUGAGCGAGAAGGCGGGUAUUGAUGAAAUCAGCGCGCUCCGAUUAACAGUAUUAGAAUGGCAAACCCGACCAGCCACGCGCCUUCUCAACCGAUUCGCCGAUGAGGAAACAACCAGCUUGCAAAGCGCGGCGGGAGGUGACAAUCUUCGUGUCUCUCUCGCAGGACCUGCCCUGGCCGAAAUUUUCAACCAAAAAGCAGCUCGUGAUGACGAGGCUUCCGAUUUCUAUUCUGAGACCAGCCGCCGCCUGCGGCUGCGCAGCUUAUACCUAUCGGAGAGAAGCCAUGUCGUCAAAGCGGCAUGCAAGCUGCUUGCGUUGUAUCUUAGAGAAAACCAGGAUCCUUCGGACCGUCCCUCUCAGCAGCUGUCCAGACUAGGUGACACGAUAUUCAAAGAAAAGUCCAAGGGUGAAGGCUGGCGCACGUUUAUCAAGAGCUGCAUUGAAGCUGUGCGGAGUCGGCUGUCUUCGUUAGACGGUGGUGGUGGCUGGCUAGGCGCCACCGAGAGUAGCCAAGAAGUGGAAGAAUUAUGGGCCACAAUUCUUAUCGAAGAGGUGGUACAUAUUACACAGAUGUUGUUCCUGCAACUUCAAGCGGCUACAGAAAUCCCUAGUGCGGAGCUUCUGCUUUCUUGGCUUCGUUUGAUGGUCGACUACAGUUUUCUGGAGCCGCUCCGAGUCCCUUGCCAGGAUCCUCUGGAGCUGUUGGUGCCACUUCAAGGCUUUGUCUCUUUAACAACUCUAGCUUUUCUGAAGCUGUCAUUGUCGGUCCCAUCGAUCAUCAGCAAUUCUUCACGCAAAGGCCCGUCGGUCGAGACACCUUACUACCUCUCAAAGGAAGAGAUUGGCCAGAUCAACGAGCUUUUCUUGUCGGCUGGUGUAGAAUCCAAGAUUGCUAAUCCAGCUGCAUUUUCCUGGGGACUGAUAAUGCAUACUAUGAGGGAGCUUGCACUCAGCGACAAGGAAAGCCGAGAGUUGGAGCAAUUCCACAGUGCAGUGGAUUCUUUCCAGUCAAAUACACCGCAUUCGAAUCCAUCCAAAGCCUCGGAGAUCACUUUGUAUGAAGAGUUGCUCGAGAACGCACGUACUCCAACCUGCACAGCGGAUGAGGCGAUAACUCUUCUUAGCUCAGAUGCGAUGAGGGAUCUGGUGUUCGAAACUGUCCUUGUUCUGGCGACGAAAGUUGGGGCUACCUCAGCAGUCACUGACAUCCUAACAAGCCAAUGGAUUCAGCUCGUGCUUCUAGAUUUUAUCCGGACCACCGUCGUGUACCUAGACUAUUCUCCGGAGAUCGUUGGGUCUACCCUAGCAGUUCUUCAGGGCUCACCGGUAGAGUCGCAAUGGUUUCACGGUGCCUCGUUAAGCCCCGUCAGCGACCCGCGUUCGGUCUUCGUCAAGGAUGAUGCUCUGAUGGACAACAUUUUCCGCAUAGCGCGUUCUCGCUUCCCCUAUGAAACAGUGCCUUUCCUGCAGCUGUGCCGUGCAUUGGUCAGCAAAGACCUGGUCAACGAGGAAGGCCUUCCGGUUAUACUUGGAGAGUUGGAGAACAUGGAUUCCUUUACGCAGGUCGUACCCCCCGGAUUCCAAGGCUACGAAACGAUUCGAGAGGAUGAGAACGCAAAUUUCGUCACACUUGUUCAGUCACUUCCCAUGGUCGGCACAUCUCCCCGAAGGCAGCUUACUGAGCAGGAAACCAGUAACGCCCUGGUUGUUACGGGCUCUUCGCAGAUACCGUCUUCAGCAAUCGGACAAGUCGUCUCCGAGUCAAGGCCCGCGGUGGUCAUGUGGCACCAUCAGUAUUCCUGCCUGAGCUAUCUCGGCAGCUGGCUAGAAGAGUGGAACGAGAAUGGAGGCUUUUCAGCAGGUUAUGGAGAAGAUUCCGUGGCCGAUUCGAUCGGCCUUCUGGCCGAUCUUCUUCUUGCAGCAAAAGACUCGCAAGUGCAAAGCGGCGAUGGCUCGAGUGCUAAGAGAAUCUUGGAGCUCGCGAGCGAUGGUCUAUCCCGCCAAAGCGACAUUAUCUCGCUUGUUUUUGAGAUUUUUGAGCGCGAUCUACCCAACAUCGGACCCAGAACAGGAUCUGAUGUGGUGAUGGAGUCCACGAUUGCCUGCCUGCGAUUCAUCUGCGUCCUCAUCGACGUUCUGCCAGGCAGAGUGUGGCCCCUACUUUCCCGCAGCAGCUUGCUGGGCUCUGAUGGUAAGGGUGGCAUCCUGACUGCGAUUGUCUCAGCUACAGAAGUGACAUCGGGAGACUAUCCCUUCUUGCUGGGCUGUGUUCGUCUGUUCCAAGCAGUUGUUGACGACGCUGCUUCUCGAGCCGUGUUGAGAAGGAGCCCCAACGGUCCUAAUGGGAAGGUAAUUCUUCCAUCCGAUUUCACCGCGGGCGUUCCCUCGCAUAUGAUGAGAGGAACUCUUCUGAAUUUUGUGCGGGUGAUGGUGGAAGUUUACAAUAGCAAUGGCAAUUGGAGGUUCAAUGUUCCGGAACAGAAGCUUGAAAUCAGCACGAAACUCGCAACGGUGUUUGAGAGGAUACUCUACUACGCUUAUGGCACGAAUGAAAUCACCAAGCUAGACACCAAGAUCACGGGCGUCUUUUCCUCGUCGGCAACCUAUCUUCUCAGUGUCUUGCGGCCGCAGUCGGCCGCGGAUUUGCCCUUCAAUUCCAUCCUUCGCCUUAUUGUCGAUGGCCUUCAAACCCCGUCGACAUUGUAUCUCCGCUACAUGAUCUUUGUGCAAAAGCAGGUGUUAGCGACCUUGGACCUCUCGAUCAGGCUGCUACAGGCGGCUCAGCUCCUCGAACAGCCACUAUCCUUGCUGGAAGACCAACUGUUCAAGGCUACACCCGCUCUGAUCAAAUUAUAUGCUUUGGAUGAUGCCUAUCGGCUCCCGGUGGCUUCGCUCCUCAAUGUUCUCAUAACAGGCGCAGCUCUGGACCCGGCAAAUGAGCCGCCGUCCUUGGUCGGUCACCUGGGAGCGGAAUCCGCAUGUCUUUUCCUUGAUGUCAUGUCGCAGUUUGACAAGCCGCUCAGCGAUUCCGACCUGCGUUUGGGUAUAUGGCACUUGCUAACAACCCUUGUCAGCAAGCGCCAACAGUGGCUGGCCGUCUACAUCCUUACGGGCACCUCACCACGCCAGUCGCUGAGGAAAACUGACAAUGACAAGGGAGCAGCGAUGAGGGGUACCCCGUUCCUGAAGAUAGCACUUGAUAUGCUGUCGCAUAUUGAGCAGCUUGACCUUCAACUGGCUGUCGCGCUGCUGGAGUUUGUCUCUCAUGCUCAGGAAAAUUGGCCAUGGGCCACCCCAGAAUUGAAGAAACAUUCCCUUUUCUUCACUAGCCUGGUGAACUAUGUCUCAAAGCUGAAAAUAUCCUCCCUGACCGUCAGAGAACAGAUUUCUGCUACCCGUAUUGCGGCUGUUGUGGCAGAUAUCUGUGCCGUGUAUCUCCAUUCAGCCAAGGAGAUGCAGGACCGAGGCUUUUACAAGACUUUGAUUCCGCUCGUGUCUUGGUAUUCCAAGGACGCAGUUGAUGUGGCUGGGUAUAAUGCCUCGCUACAUGCUAAUCUAAAGAAGAAUUUCGAGAUGAGGUAUCCCGGGUGCAAGCUCGUGGACUUCAAGCGGACACCCCUGCAGUCUCGCUACCUCGGUCAAGACUAUUACUACGACAUCCAACUCGGCAAAAAGCUCCUCUCUUAUGAUUUCGCGUGGACUGGAAGUCGCAACCAGGGAUUUGCGGAAGAAUUCCAGCGGGCCAACCUAAAUUUGUCUUUGGUCGAGGCGCAAGUGAGCCUUCUUCAUAGUUGGAAAUUCUUCGCCGUCGAACACUCUGCGGACUUCAUGGCGGACCGUGAGGUUCAAAAGUCGAUGGCCAUUGUUGUGCAAAGUUGCCUCGAAGCCAACACCCGAGGCGUGCCGCAGGAAGCGAUCUUCGAGAGGAUACAACAGACCCGGGUAGAAUUUGCCCAAGCUCUACUUCAGCGACUAGUUGCGAUCGGAGCCAAGGGUGCCGAAUUCUUUGGUCUCCUCAAGGUCGUAUGGGAUGCUCUACGCACGCGCCGCGCCACCUACGAGGAUGCAUUGAUCAACGAUGACACGGAAUAUUACCGAUCCCUUCUGAAUGUCCUCUUCCUCGCUCUCCAGUUCCAUCUGGAUUCACCCUCUCGAACAGCCCCUGAAACAAUCACCAAGAAACCCGAGGUAUCGUCCGACCUGGGAAUUAUCGUGGAGAUUGUGAAGGUGGUCGUGGCGCAAGGGUUCAAGGCUUUGACAACCUACCUACAUGAUCAGCCAGACAAGUGCACGCCGAAAGAUUUCGCCAUCCUGAUAGCAAUUCUGCAGAGCUCACUUCAAGUGAAGCACGUCGACCGUCUCUUUGAGCACAUCGUCUACCAUGUCGCUGACAAUGACACCGCGAGACUGGCGACAUCACUAUUUUCGUGGGCUGACCAGCUAGCUGUGGCCGGUGAUUCCGUAUACGGCGAGCUCAGCAUGUCGCUCCUGGUUAAAAUGUCUACAAUCCCCAUGCUGGCGGAACAUUUGGCGGUCGAGGUGGUUCUGUCUCGGCUCUCCACCUGCCGUCUCACGAACAUCCUGCGCGAUUCGAAUGGAUUCGGGCCUUUCGACCCUGUGCCCCGCCUGUAUUCCAUCUGGACCGGUGGCAUCCUUCCCCUGUGCCUAAACCUUCUUUACCACGUUGUUCGCACUGCGCCCGAGGUUGCGGCAUUCCUCAACCAGUUCGAAGGCCAGCUCAAACGUGCCGCUGACUCUUUCGCUGCCGGUCGCACGACAGCGUCGGUCCACCGAAUCAGUCUUAGCAUGGUCUCCGAGGCAUACUCACUGGCGCUUAUCUCAUACAUCCUAACCCGGUUCCGUGAAGCCGGUGCCAGCCUUGGCAUCGAUGCGCAGUCGAUCCAGGAGCUCAAAUGGGACAAAGCUCAAGUGAAGGAGGAUAUUGAAGAACUUCUGGAACGGAAGCAGAAUCUGCGGGCGCGGAUCGUUGCGACGAGUGACAAGGAGCUGGAGUUGUCGCGUCAGAAGCCGGUCGAUGCAGCAUCGGGAGCACAGAGUCGGCUGGAGGAGAAGAUCGUGAGUGAGCUCAAGGCAACGUUGGCGUGCCUGGGAGGAGAUGGUGACGAGGCAUAA